CCCUGCCAACAAGGGCCUUACGAAAUGAUCUGGGACUUGAUAUUUCACAUGAGGAUUUUUCCCAGUGUAAAAAUUUAUGCUGUGUUUUUUUUUUUAUUUUUUUCAUCCAGGUUUGGACUUAAAAAAAAAUCAUUUUGUAGUGACCAACACCACUUGCUAAUGUGACAUAAAGCAGCUCCUGCCACUCUGCCCAGUCCCUUUUGCCUGGAGUGGGGUGGUGGGCACAGGCGGCCUCGCCUGUCAAUGCCACCCUGAACAGGAUCGGAGGAAGAACGGGGGCAGCCAUGCCACCCCCUGCCCCCGCUGCCCCGUGCUAACCUGCAAAGUGUGGGUGCCCUUGGGGACUGACUGUCUGACCUUGCUUCACACCCACGACACCAACUCCCCCAAGAUGUCGCUCGAGUGGCUGGUGGCCUGGAGCUGGUCGCUGGAUGGCCUCCGGGACUGCAUCGCCACGGGCAUCCAGUCCGUGCGGGACUGCGACACCACCGCCGUGGCCACCGUGGCCUGCCUGCUGGUCCUGUUCGUGUGGUACUGCUACCACGUGGGCCGGGAGCAGCCCCGGCCCUACGCCUCCGUCAACUCCCUCAUGCAGGGCGCCGACGCCAACGGGCUGCAGAACGGGUACGUGUACUGCCAGUCCCCCGAGUGCGUGCGCUGCACCCACAACGAGGGCCUCAACCAGAAACUCUACCACAACCUGCAGGAGUACGCCAAGCGCUACUCCUGGUCGGGCAUGGGCCGCAUCCACAAGGGCAUCCGCGAGCAGGGCCGCUACCUCAACAGCCGGCCCUCCAUCCAGAAGCCCGAGGUCUUCUUCCUGCCCGACCUCCCCACCACGCCCUACUUCUCCCGGGACGCCCAGAGGCACGACGUGGAGCUGCUGGAGCGGAGCUUCCCCACCAUCCUGGGCGAGUUCGAGGCCCUGUACAAGGGCUUCUCCAACUGCAGCCUCCCGCAGGGCUGGAAAAUGAACAGCACCCCCAGCGGGGAGUGGGUCACCUUCUACUUGGUCAACCAGGGGGUGUGCGUGCCCAGGAACUGCAGGAAGUGCCCACGGACGUACCGCUUGCUCGGCAGCCUUCGGACCUGUAUUGGGAACAAUGUUUUUGGGAACGCGUGCAUCUCCGUGCUGAGCCCCGGGACUGUGAUCACGGAGCACUACGGACCCACCAACAUCCGCAUCCGAUGCCACUUAGGUCUGAAAACUCCAAGUGGCUGUGAGCUGGUGGUGGGGGGCGAGCCGCAGUGUUGGGCAGAAGGCCGCUGCCUUCUCUUUGACGACUCUUUCCUACACACCGCAUUCCAUGAAGGUGCCGCGGAGGAUGGCCCACGGGUGGUUUUCAUGGUGGAUCUGUGGCAUCCGAAUGUCGCCGCGGCUGAACGGCAGGCCCUGGAUUUCAUCUUUGCUCCAGGCCGAUGAGAACACUUCCCGUGCCAGGUCGGCGAGAGUGGCCUGGGGCCAGCCGGGACAGCCGUGGGCCGGUCCAGCGCCCACGUGUUACAAUUCCAUGCUCAGAAACCUGCCUCGACAGAAAGCUCUCAUUCGGGAUUUUUAUACCACGUUGGGUCCCUCCUUCUUCCCGUUGUUAGUGGGAAACUCCAGCUUGUAUUUCCUUAGAGGUCUUUUUCCUUCUGUUCGUUUGCUUCCGCGGUUCGUUUCCGCCUAAUGGCACGGGACUGCGCUCUGCGGCCAGAGGCUCCCAGAGGCUCAGUGCCCCUGUUGUCGGUGUCAUGUUGCCACUUGUUUUUUUCAGUGAUCAGAUGGUUCUUUGUCUGAAUGUAACAACGUAAAUCUUCUUGUGGUCACCAUACAAAACAGAAAACCCUACAAACCCGAGCACUAGAGAAGGUGGCCUUUGCUGCUGUCACGGCCACAAGGGGGACCCACCCGCUCCCCA